UCUGUUUUAUCAAGCUAUGAAAAGACGGAGAUCCUUAACUAUGAAAAGGUGUACUUUGUGGGUCCCCAGGCUCAGAAAUGUGCUGCAACUGUAGAGCAAUUGACAUGCAACCAUGGCUAUGAUGACGAUCGGGGAGACUAUCAUAUUGUGCUGCGAGACCACUUGAUUUAUCGUUACGAAGUUAUUGACGUGCUUGGAAAGGGUUCAUUUGGUCAAGUUCUCAAGUGCUUUGAUCACAAGAACGGACAAAUAAUGGCUAUUAAGCUGAUUAGAAAUAAGAAGCGUUUCCAUGCACAGGCGAUGGUAGAAGUCAAGAUAUUGGAAGACUUAAUUAAAUGGGAUCCCAAGGAUACUCACAACAAUGUACGAAUGACGGGGCACUUUUCGUUCCGUAACCAUCUUUGCAUUGGCUUUGAAUGCCUGAGUAUCAAUCUUUAUGAUUUUAUAAAGACCAACAACUUUAAAGGAUUCAGUAUGGGGCUUAUCAGAAAAUUCACUAUCCAAUUGCUCAAUUCACUCUCACUGCUGUACAAAAACAAAUUAAUUCAUUGUGAUUUGAAACCAGAGAAUAUUCUUCUUAAGCAUCCUUCUAAGAGUACCAUCAAAGUUAUUGAUUUUGGUAGCUCAUGCCUUGAGAACGAAAAGGUAUACACGUAUAUCCAAAGUCGAUUCUACCGUUCCCCAGAAGUUAUUCUUGGCAUGAACUAUAGUAUGGCUAUUGACAUGUGGAGCGUUGGUUGUAUUCUAGCCGAGCUGUAUACAGGCUACCCGCUUUUUCCUGGUGAAAAUGAACAAGAGCAACUGGCUUGUAUCAUGGAAAUUCAAGGUGUUCCAGACAAAAAUCUCAUAGAACAGAGUUCAAGGCGGAAACUUUUCUUUGAUGCCUAUGGGAAUCCCAGAAUCAUGCCUAAUUCCAAAGGGAAAAAGCGUCGACCGGGAACUAAGAAACUAUCAGAGGCCCUCAAGACCACAGAUGAAAGUUUUGUUAGUUUCGUAGAGCAAUGCUUACAUUGGGAUCCUGAACAGCGAUUGAAGCCAGAUGACGCAUUUCUACACACUUGGAUUCUCAAUAGUAGUUCGGGUUCAAUGGCAAAGAAGCUAUCAUAA